AUGGUCAUUUUUGUUAAUUCCGUUAGGUUUUUGCCAUCAAGUGAAGGACAUUUCUGUCUUUUCACUAGUACAUGGUCUCUCUCUCUCGAACAAGAAGCAAGCCCAUCCAACCCCUUCGGUUAUGGAAACAAACAUCUUGCCCAAAACGGUGAUUUUGGUUGGGUUGAAUAUCUUCUUCUCCACGCCAAACUCGAACCUGAUCACAAAAAUCCAACCCUCUCUAUUUUUGAAGAACAUCCAGAAAAAUUCCAGUACGAAUCCAUUAAAAAUGUACCAGGAAAUGUAUUUACCAAACUGUUAAUGGACGAACAAAGUGACUCUGUUUUCAGGUUAAAUUACUAUCUGCCAUGCCCAGAGCUUCAAGAACACAGACCAAUAGGAAGGAAACUGAGUGAGUUUGGAGAACACACAUACCCACAAAUCAUUUCGGUUUUGCGAUUCAACAACAGUUCUGGUCUUGAAAUUUGUUGAGAGAUAGGAGUUGGAUGUUUGUUCCUCCUGAUUCAAACUUCUGUGCCCCAUCAUCUUCUUCCUCAGUUUACUUGGAGAUAUUAUCCCAACCUAAAUGGAUUGAAAA